AUAGGCUCUGUAGCUGGGGCAGCCAGUCAUGAUUUGUUUUUAGCAUAAUAGUUGUUGGAAGAAUAUCAAACAAAAUUCGAAAUUUCCUAAAAUUGAGGUAGUUGAAAAGUUGGUUAUGGCGACUAGAGGCAAUAAGUGGCUACUGCGCUUACCCAAAUAUCCGCCGCGCUACUGCACGACGCGUGUCAUAGGCGCGCCCGCCCGGACAGCAGGCAACACGGAUGAGGAGCGCAAUCGAAAUCGGACCUCGGAUGGCGAUCGAGACCAGCCCACCAAAUAUGCCACCGUCUGUUGGCACAUCAGCUUGGUCAUAUUGAUUAGCACGAUGAUCUUGGCGCUCGUGUGGACGAUCUAUCUGAGCGUGGAAUACUAUGCCUGCUCGUCGGAGGAGCGUUUCGAGAAGCUGAGACAAGACUUUGUGGUACGCGAGCGCCGUCGACGCGUGGGCGGCAAGCUGAAGUUGAACGAUUUCGAGGAAAUGGCCAAUGCCCGUUUGCUGGCGAUUAAGCAGGUGGACGAAGAGUUGCAUCACAUCUGGAGUGACUAUCAGCCACGACCGCAUUUCCUAUCCAAGUACAAAAUGAACGAAACCGAUCUGUACAGUGUGCUGCGCGCCAUGCCCAAAGGAGGGCUAUUGCAUGUGCAUGAUGCUGGCAUGUUCCGGGCGGAUCGUCUCAUUGAGCUAACGCAGUAUUCGAACCUGUGGGCAUGCGUGGGCAGCGAUGGUUCCUUUGAGGACUUCCGCUUCUCCCAAAACUAUCCGCUGAUCGAACCGCAAGGGGAUUACAAAUGCAACUGGAUGCUGAUGAGCAAUUUCAGGCAGCAGGACGGGAACAUUACCAGCAAUAAGCUGCGCGAGUGCCUGACCAUCAAUUCCAAUAGCUUCAUGAGCGCCACCCACUUGGCCAAUCACAUGAGACGUGCGCAUCGUCUCAUUCACGGCCUGAUCACAUAUCGCCCCAUUUGGCCCACUUACCUGAUCUCGAUGCUCGAGGAUUUCUACGCCGAUGGUGUUAGCUAUGUCGAGCUACGCUCCUCGCUGCCCAUUAUGUACGAUCUCGUGGGUACGAACUACACCAUUGCAGACACGGCCAACUCGAUUGUGAGCACCACAAAUAUAUUCCGUUCGAUACACGAUGACUUCAUUGGCAUUAAACUGAUCUAUGCACCUUUGCGGGACUACAAUGACAGCAAAAUGGAUACGUAUAUUUCGAAUGCACGGUUCUUGAAGGAAAAUUUCCCCAGCUUCUUUAUUGGCUUCGAUCUGAUCAGUUUGGGCGAUGAAUGCAAUAUGCCGCCACUUGGAGAUUCUCUGCAGCUGCUACACAUCAGCAAGGAAAUCGACUUCUAUUUCCAUGCCGGAGAGUCGCGUUGUGUCAAUUCCACACAAGACAGUUCGCCCGAUACCAAUAUCAUUGAUGCUUUGCUGCUGGGCAGCAAGCGACUGGGCAACUCUUUCAAGUUGCCUUUGCACUCGGAGAUACUGAGAAUCAUGCGACUGCUGAAGGUGGCCGCCGAAAUGUGUCCGUUGUCCAAUCAUUAUAUGCAGUAUGUGAAUGACUUCAGUCAGCAUCCGGCGGCGUAUCUGAUUGCCGCGGGCUAUCCCAUUGUGAUCGGAUCGGACUAUCCCUAUUUCUGGAAUGCGGCGCCUCUGACCGAUGAUUUCUACGUGGCCUUUGUGGGCAUCGCCAAUGGCCAGGCCAAUUUGCGGUUACUAAAGCAGUUGGCCAUGAAUUCGUUUAUGUACAGCGCCCUAAGCGAACGGGAGAAGCGAAAAGCUCUAUCGAUUUGGCAGCACAACUGGGAUCAAUGGAUCGCGGGCUUAGUUAGCCAAGUGUAACGCAACCGACUAUUUCAUGAAUUUGCUUCGUUUUAUUUUUAAGGCUUCACUGUUAAAGAAAAAUU